AUGUUGGUGCACAACCUGUCGUCAAAGGAGCUGACGAAGGAUCAGAUGCAGGUCUUAAGGCACGAAGCUUCAUUCAACACGACUGAUGCUAAACCUGUUAACAUGAUUGCAGCAGUGGAAUCAAUCCUUUGUCAGACGGAGACAACGGAGGAGACCAAGAGCCUCAUCCGACACCAAGUGUCGUCUCUCCUAAUGGCCCACAGGCCGCGGGAAGUGCUUUCCAAGGUCGAACGUGAUGCGCUUAGAGAACUCAAGGCCGAAAAAGACUUGGUCAUCGUGCCAGCGGACAAGGGGCGCUCCACGGUUGUGCUGGACAGGACAGACUACAUUCAAAAAGCCAAAGGUUUGCUGGAGGACCGACAGUUCUAUGUCCCAUGUGCAACGAACCCCGUAAAAGCGCUGACACGCGAAAUCAAUGCUACGUUGUUGGCCUUGGAGAACUCAGGUGCAAUAACACCGACCGACAGACGCAUGGCGAGACCCCAAGAUACGGCUUUGGCCCGAUUCUAUGGCCUCCCUAAGUUGCACAAAGACGGCGCUCCUCUCCGACCCAUCGUGUCGCUCAAAGGGACUCCAACGUACGGACUGGCGAAGUGGCUGUUCCGGCGUCUCAAGUUCCUGACCGCUGAGUCAGACACCACGGUCUCUUCGUCAGCAGAAUUCCUGGAGAAACUCAAAGGGGUAAGCCUCCAUCCAAAUGAGGUCAUGGUAUCUUUUGAUGUUACGUCCCUUUUUACUUCUAUUCCCCAGGACCUGGCGAUCGAGACAAUCGAGCUGCUUCUACAAAGCAAAUACGAUGAAACGGAGAAUCGUCUUGGACGCGCCCACGUCCUUCAGCUCCUGAAGUUCUGUCUCAGGACGUACUUCACGUUCGACGGGACAAUCUACGAACAGGUGAAGGGCACACCAAUGGGUUCGCCGAUUUCGAGAUUCAUCGUCGAGGCGGUCCUGCAACGGUUAGAGUCGCUGGUCUUCCAACACCACAGACCGAAAUUCUGGGCCCGGUAUGUGGAUGAUACCUUCGUCGUUAUCGAUCGGGAUCAACUGCUGACAUUCAAGGAACGUCUGAAUGCGGUCUUCCCGGAUAUACAAUUUACGAUGGAGGAGGAAGAGAACAAGCAGCUGGCCUUCCUGUAUGUCCUCGUAUGCCGCAAGGAUUGUGGUGGACUAAAGAGCAAAGUGUUCAGGAAGGCGACAAAUACGAUGCAAGUACUGAACUUCAAUAGCAACCACCCAAUCAGUCACAAACGCAGUUGUGUAAGGACGCUCUACCGGCGUGUCGAAACACACUGCAGUGAGCCGGAAGACAAAAUUGCUGAACUACAAUACCUCCGACGGGUCUUCAAAGCCAAUGGCUACCCGCGCAACAUUGUCAACCGGUGCAUACGCAAAAUGGACGAAAGGCCUAACCGUACGGACACCAAAGUUUGGCGAGCGCUUCCAUAUGUCAAGAACGUUUCGGAAGCUGUUGGCCGCCUUCUCGCACCGCUGGGGGUUGGAGUUGCACACAGGCCAGAGGCAACCAUCAGGCGUCAACUGAUGAAACCAAAAGACCCACUGCCACGGCAAGAAACGUCUGGAGUCGUUUAUCGGAUCUGA